GACAUUUUCAGACUCUUGCAGUGCUUGCAGCAGGUCAGCGGAGCAAAAUUUAUUACAGCCCUCCCCAUGGAAAUGGAGUCGUUUACUAGCAAUUAUAGUGCUAGAAGAGGCAGCACUUCCUGUCCAGGGCUGCUUACAGACUUUUGUGACCAGAGCCAGUGGCUGUCUAAGUGCUAAUAUUCCGUAGAUGAGCAGAAAACCAACCUUAAACACUCUAAAUACGGUCAACUGCCCACUCUGCAAUGACGUUAGCUUGUCCUGUCGCCCAAACCACCACCUCCAGUAUGGCUGACCACCCGGAGAGAUAGAGGGACUGCCUUUGUGACAGACCACUGGGCUGAAAAGAUCACUGGGGAAUUAACGUGAGACGUCAUGGAGAGCGAUGAACUCGAGGCGAGAGAGUGGCUCAUCUCCUGCAUCACGAUCCCCCUGUCCACAGCCAUCAUCCUGGCCAACCUGGUCAUCAUCGUGGGCAUCCUCUACAACCGACAGCUGCACAACACGCCCAACUACUUCUUCCUGAGCCUGCUGGUGGCGGACCUGUGCACGGGUGUGGCUCUGCCCUUCAUCCCGCGCAUGGCCCUGGAGCGGAGCCUGAACUUCCACACCUGCCUGCUGGUGCACACCUUCCCCAACUUCCUCUUCCUGUCCUACCUGUUCAACCUGGUGAUGGUGCACUACGAGCGCUACCUGUGCAUCGUCAGCCCCCUGCAUUACAGCCAGUGCUGGGUCCACCGCUGCUUCCCUGUGGCCCUGCUGGCGGCAUGGGUGCCCCCUCUGCUCUACGCCUCCCUGCCCGCCUUCGGUUGGAACGAGUGGAGCCAAGACGAGAUCAAUGUCAACGGCACUCUCAACCAAACCGUGGGGGCAACAGGGUGUGCGGUGGACCCCCUGGACGACAACGGGAUGUGCUCCUACAGGAAGGUCUUCCCCACGGCCUACAUCUACCUGGAGGUGUACGGCCUCCUGCUGCCGGCCAUCUUCCUCAUCGCAGGCAUGACGGGCAGGGUGCUGUGGAUCACCCGGAAGCAGCUGAGGGACAUCUGCAAGCUCCACCGGGCCGGGGUGCGCGACCAGGCCUCGGUCGGCGAGCAGCGACUCAACGUGCGCUACGCCAAGUGCGUGGCGGCCGUCUCCCUGGUCUUCCUGCUUUGCUGGGUGCCCUACGUCAUCUAUGUGAAUGUGACGCUUAAGUGGCUGAAGGCUGACGGGAAGUCCCAGAACAGCACGACACACAUCAUCCUCUGCUGCACGGGGAUCGGGAGCAUGGCCAUCAUCCCCUUCAUCCUGGGGCUGGCCAACAGGCAGUACACAGACCCCGCCCAAGUGCUGCUGAAAUUGCAGAACUGCUGGCACGGGAUGCGGGAUUGCACAGACCUGUAGCACUGAGAGAGCCUUCUGAGGAGCAUUCCAUAUGGAGGUGUGUGAAUGGGCAUGAUGGGCACUUUAUGAAAGAAUUACAAACAGCAUAAUUCUGGUCAGACAUCAAGUUAUUAUUUUAGGCUACUAAAACAAAAGUUUUUAAAGGGCUAUGCCACACAACUAUGUGUACUGCUAAGGUUAAUGUUGUUUAUGCAUGAUGUAUCGGCUCAACGUGGCUCAGCUUUCUGAUGAUGCUGAAAAAGCCAAUUUCUUGGCAUGGGAGCAAACAAUCCAAGAAACAUUUUAUUAUAAUUGUCUGUAAAUGAGAUGUGGCAUAAAAAUAAAGAAUAUACUAGAAUAUCCAAAUGGAUCAGAAAUGAACUCCUAGGGGGUAUAUGAAACCAGACUAGGGGUAUGUUGAGCACAAAGCCUGAUAGCUCCGCUCUCAUAUUUCCCAGUAUACGCCUCUGGUCCAUCUGGAUGUUUUCUCGUCAUUGUCUUUUUUCCCCUUGUGGUCUUCUGAUGUUACAUUUAUCUCACAACCAGUGCCAAAGUCCUUUAGUCACUAGAGUCCUCUAAAAGGGUGGGUAUGUUUUGCGUUCACUGUCUGUCACCAGCCAUAUCCUGGACACUCAUCGAUGUUUACAAACAAAGAGUCUUUUAAGAUCUCAAGGGAAAUUCUAUUAUGGUUAGCCACAAUUCACAUUGUCCUACCAGCAUAAACCAGCCUGUAUGCAUGAAGAAAUCAUUAGGAAGCGCAACAACACAGUGAUGAAGCUUACAUAACAUGCUGGUUAUAUUAUCACUGAUUAGCAGAGAAUCUUUUAUGCCUUCACAUGUUCCAAAAAGGGGGGCUUGAAUUAAAUUUAACAAAUGUCUGACAUAAAAUUUGUUUUACACUAAAGUACUUUUUUUGCUACAAAAAUGGCUUCUCUGAGUUGCUAAGUAAGAACUCUUACUAACUCUACUCUAACUCUAUAACUCUUGAGGGAGCACUGGUGUUACUUCCCUAUAUUUCACAAACACAUAUUUUCUCUCAUUUCAUUACUGUAUAUGAUGUUUAACCUCAGUGGGACAAAUAAAAUACAACUAAAUAGAACAUGUUGAAGCCUCAACCACUAACUGAACAGAACCACAGUAAAAAAGAGGCUUAAGAUUACAUUCCUAUCUGAUUUAAAACAUUAGAUAUGUCAAACCCUUUUUAUCCAACAUUUGUUGUUUUGUUUCUGGGUGACGUUUGGAACAAUUGAUGAAUUCGUUUAAAAAUUCAUGCACUUGGUCUCAUACGGAGAUGUGUAAGCAGUACAAGGUCUGGAGUGAGACGGGCAGUCUCCCAAAGUCCACAUGGACAAUUUGUUAUCCUCUUAUCGCCCCCAUCGCCCAUUCCCAGAAACCACCAGCCCCCUAUGGUGACGCACCACUACCUAAUAAUGACUGUGGGGAAUCUUUUAUCAUACAUGAGUACAGCUGCACAGGGUCAACCUUUUUACAAAUAGAUUUAAAAAAAAAAAAAACUCUUAGGACUAGCCUGACGUAGUCAUGUUCAAUUCUAGUCAGAAUAUGACUUCCCGACCUCAAAUGUUGUGGGCGGGACUAAGUUCGGAAUGGUACCCAGGCUAUCUUAGGACAUCAUUAUAUAUCAAAUACGUAUUUCCAUAGCUGUUUAAGGCUCUUCAUCAAACUGGACAUAAUUAAUUACUAUAAGGGCAUGAUGAACUGAUUAGUUACUCAACAUUGUGGGGUCAAAGGUCAAGGUUGCACGGGGUCACACACAGAAAUGCAGUGGUUGCAUAUCUCCCAAGCAGUUUGAAGACUCUUCAUCAAACCUAGCACAGUUAAUUAACACUAAAAUAGGCCAUGGACCAGAGGGGGCUACUAUGCCCCCUCCCCACCCCCCACACACACCACCAACCCCUUGGUUGGGGCCAAAAUGUAUCAGCCGUACACUUCACCUUCACCAAUACAGGAUUAUGUAA